ACAGAAGCCAAGACAGCUCUCCCCAGGCCAUCCUCAUUGGCAUCGGAUCACCAUUAACUAGCAGCCGUUGCUGUUGUCCGUAUCUAGGGUACAGUUGCCCCCUGACCGGUAGAAGCAGCCUGGCUCUGGGUUGAAAGUGAGGAAGUUGUACAGUCAAUGCUCUUUUGUAGACUGAUUCAACACACACUGCACAUUGCCCCUCGUAGCAGGCUGCAUCCCAGACAGAGGGAGCCUGCCCACUGAAAAAGGAUGGUUCUUAAAGGCUCCUGGGCUGAACAGGGUUAAUUCAUCACUGCAUUAAACAUUUCUGGGGCUCAAGGAAGGGGAGAAUAGCUCAGAGCUGAUAAGACUGGAGAGGCUGGGGUUCCAAGGAUGGACAACAUGUGCGAGGUUCCCAUUGGGGAAUGUUCAGACCAACCCCCACUUGAAGAAAAAAUAGGGGAGCCUCCUGUAGCCCCCAAGACAAAGCCACCAUUCAGUAUCCUCUUCUCCACACUUCUCUUCUGUGGCGAGUGUGUGGCUGCUGGGUUCCUGUGUUCCUCCUACAGUCACUCUGAUGAUCACUUCUGGCUUGCGAUGACCAUUCUCUUCAUGCUGUAUCCAUCCAUCAUGGUCCAGCUGACCCUCAUUUUUGUCCACAGGGAUUUGACCAGUGACAAGCCACUGGUGUUACUGAUGCACAUUCUACAGUUGGGGCCUGUCAUCAGGUGCGUGGAGGCCCUGGUGGUUUACUGUUGCUCGGGGCGGCAGGAGGAGCCAUACGUUACCAUCACACGCAAGAAGAAGCUCAGGAAGGGCUCUGAGGUAGAGCUGGAGCAGGAGGUCGGCCACUCGAUCCGCAAGCUGGUCACACACCGCAAUGCCUUCAAGCGCAUGGCAGUGAUCCAGGCCUUCCUGGGCUCCACCCCGCAGCUCACGCUGCAGCUGUACAUCAGCAUCAUUGAGAUGUAUGUCCCCACUGCCAGAGCAGUCCUGAUGGGCAUCUGCCUGGUAUCGGUCACCUAUGGGGCGCUGGUCUGCAACAUCCUGGCCAUCCAGAUAAAAUACGACGACUACAAGGUCCAGCUGCGGCCGCUGGCAUUCAUCUGUAUUGUCCUGUGGCGCAGCCUGGAGAUCUCCACCCGUGUGGCCGUCCUGGUGCUCUUCUGCAGUGUCUUCAAGCACUGGAUCAUCCCCAUUAUGCUCGCCAACUUGCUGAUCCUCUUCUUCCUGCCAUGGGUGCAAUUCUGGCGUAGUGGCUCCCGGCUGCCUGACAAUGUUGAAAAGAACUUUAGCCGGGUGGGCACUGUGGUGGUGCUAUGCUCCGUCACCCUCCUGUACGCUGGCAUCAACAUAUUCUGCUGGUCGGCCGUGCAGCUGAAGCUGGCUGACCGGGACCUGAUAGACAAGGCACAGAACUGGGGCCGGUUGGCCAUGUACUAUGCUGUGCGGUUGGCGGAGAACGCUGUCCUGCUUGUCCUCUGGUACCUCUUCAAGACAGACGUGUUUGACUACAUCUGCGCCCCACUGCUGGUGCUGCAGCUGCUGGUGGGCUACUGCCUGGCGAUCUUCUUCAUGCUCCUCUUCUUCCAGUACCUGCACCCAUGCCGCCAGCUCUUCCAGCACAAUGUCUCUGACUUCCUGCAGUGUGUCUGCUGCCAGCGGUGUGAACCAGUCAGGCCCACACAGCUCGAUACACCCUGCGAGUCUGGCGUGAGGCACAGCAUCGUCUGAUGCACGCAGCAGAGGGAGGGGGCAGGUCCAAAAGAUCCAACACGAGGCAGUUGCCGAUGUCAAUGACCGAUCGAAAGCACUUGCCUGGCUCUUGCCCGGUGUCUAGCUGUGACACAUGCCUGUUUACAGACUGAAUGGGGCGUGGGGGGGGGGG